AUGCCUACUCCCAUAGACAGAGCUCUAAGUUCCAAAAAUGCAGUACUAGUUUUCACGGGGAUUGUGACUGCAGCUGCAGUAUGGUCCAUCUGGGGCACUGAUAUGUUUCCAAAGGAGGAAGAUCCCACUGGUGAUCCAGAAACAUGGUCAAGAGAAGAAUUACGAAGAUGGUUGGCCGCUGUUAGUAUUCUUGGAGCUCUUUUCUUCAUUUGCUUUAAGUACAUCACUCAUCGAAAUUAA